AAGAGGCAGCUGAGAGGAAGGGAAGGCGGAAGGUCCAGAGUCCCGGUUGGAGCUGUGCGCGGGGGCCCGUCAGAGGAGGGGACCGGGAGGCGGACUGAGCGGGCCGAGCGAGGGAUGACAGGGCGUUGCCAAGUUGGAUUGUUCCUUUACUUGUAAAGAAAAACCCAAAGCCCUUUCAAAGUUGAUGAAUCCAUCAAUAUCUUCCAUGGUGACUGGUGCAAUACAGACUACUUAACUUUUUGCAGUGUGCUUUAUACUUGAAGCUUUCAUGAAGCUCAGCUGCUGCCUAUUGACUUUGAUUCUCAGUUCUAGUGUUUCUGCACUAGAAAAUGUGGCCUCCAACCUGACAGCUGCUACUGGGUCAAGGUUCCUUCCUCUCGAUGCAUCAUUUCUUCCCACCCUACAAGCCUUCACAAAAUCGGCAGUAGCUCAAGAUAUCAUAGUGAAAGAAGGUAACGGUGCUUUCAUUGAAUGUAAGCUGAACAUCAGUCAGCAUAACAGCAUCGUUUGGUUCAACUCAAAAGGGCAUCUACUGAAGCAAGAUGGAGAGGAUGGAAGAUGGCUGAUCUCUAACAGUACCCUUAAUAUCACAAGUGUAACCUUUGGUGACCGGGGGCGAUACAGUUGUGUUGUCACUACCCAAAAUGGCUCUUUCUAUUACUCAGUCACCCUCAGGGUGGUCUCCACAUCUGGGGACAUGGGCAUUUACUACAUGAUUGUCUGCCUGGUUGCCUUUACUAUCACCCUGAUCUUAAAUAUAACACGUCUGUGCAUGAUGAGCAGCCAUCUCCGCAAGACAGAGAAGGCCAUCAAUGAAUUCUUCAGGACUGAAGGGGCUGAGAAACUACAGAAGGCCUUUGAAAUUGCCAAACGCAUUCCAAUCAUUACCUCUGCCAAAACGCUGGAACUGGCCAAAGUCACCCAGUUUAAGACUAUGGAAUUUGCUCGAUACAUUGAAGAGUUAGCCAGAAGCAUCCCUCUUCCGCCGCUCAUCCUUAACUGUAGGGCCUUUAUGGAAGAGAUAUUUGAAGCAGUGAGAGUCGAUGACCCUGAUGAAGUUGGAGAUGGAGUCAAACAAGCCCUCGGUGUCCAAGACGGACUCUAUCCCUUAAACCCAGAAAUUAAGCGCAGUAAUUCACCGACAGCAGACUCGGAUGAUGGUUCUGUAAAUGACCAUGGUAAAGAAAUAGCUGUUGAGGUAUCCAUCCACCUUCAGUCAGAAGCACAAAGCAUUGACACUGUUUCCCACGACAGUGUUCCCUCCAUACCUUCUGAAGAUGAUGCAGGUGCUGAAGCCAGUACAGCAGCAAAGGCAGAUGUAUGAAAGCUUCAUCUGGAAACUUCAAGAAAAAAGGGGAAGCCAAAAAAAAAAAAGCAGCUGGAGUCACAAAUGCACAAAAACCUUAUCUCUUUUUAAAAACUCCAGUGGCUAUAAGGUGCUGAACAUUUAGCAAAAGUAUGGAUUUGGAUUUUUCUUUUGUAACAUAUCUCAGUGUUCACCAACCAAUUAGGAAAACAGCUUAAAUCAUGUUUUUUAAACAUUCUCCUUGGUAGGAAUGCUGCUGGGGGCAUUUUACAGAGGGGAUACUUUCUCCCAGUUUUGGGGAUCUCCAGUUAACAUCAACAAAAGAGCAAGGAUACAUUGACAUAAACUGUUUUUGCCAUUCUUACAGGGAGGUUGAAUUCCUGAAUAUGUCCAGUGAUGAUUUCAUAGUGUGUGAUGGCAUAGUUCACUAGAACAGUGCUUGUCUUGCUUGUCUGAAUUUAUAAUAUCUGAUCAAGCUUAUCUUGAGUUUGUAAGAAACAUACAUUUUAGCAUUUCUUAUAGUAAUAGUAUGGGAUUAUUACACUUUUAAAAUGAAGAGUUGGAUCCAGACUGACUCAUGUUUAGAGUAGAUCUAUUGCAAUCAGUGACACUUAAGUUAGCCUGAGUCCAGCCUUAUGUCAGUAAGCUGUGAAAUUACCAAAGCUGCCAGUUUGUCAUGUUGUUCAUGUUUGCUUACAUUGCAAUCACAUGCAAUACUUGAACUAGAAAAUGGAAACCAAAUGCAAAUUUUGGCAUCUGAAUUUCUCAUAGCAGCCAAGAAGUGGUAAUUUGGUUGUUUUAAAUGUGCUUCUGCUUGCCAAGCAGUUCAAAAAAGGCCCUGUCUGUUUGGGUUUUUGUUUUUUUUAGUAAAGCUCCAGAUGUCAGCACUUCAAGUAUUCUUUCUUCUCUGACACUGCUGAAAUUCCAAUGUGUUCUAGUGCCAUCAGUAUUGCUAGGAGGAAAGCAAUGACAACUUAAACAGUUAUGAUCUUGUUGAAGAGUUUGCAAUAAACUCUCUCACAUUAAAAAGGGAAAUAAAACCUCUUUGGUUUCUCAGGCAGUUGUUUCUGAACAAUAUUUAUAAGAGGCAAAUGUGUGGCCAGAGUCUUUGGAACUAGUCAUCACCCAAUGGACGUGCCUAACACUCUCCUAAUGAUUCAGGUAGGUAGCUGUGUUUGUCUACUAAUGUACAUUUGUGUUUGAUGAAAAGCAGCCACGGGUGCAGAAUGAUUGGGGUAGAGGAGCUGUGCAGGUGGAUGAGGAGGUUGUGGCUGGCUUUUGCAUGAACAUAUGCUGUAUAACAUUCUUUGGCACUUUAGUAAAAUCUGAUGAAUGCAACAAAGGGUAAAUGGUUAACACAUUGAGUGACUUCUCUCCUGUGCUGAUGCUUAGCUACCUCUGCAUGUGCAGCAGGUGAUACAAUGGACUGUACCACUUCAGAUGGGGGAUACUACAUUUGAAUUCUCACACACACAUUUUAAAAAAUCAGAAAAAGAGGUUGUGGCCUCACUUCUUGUUGGCCAUUUUGUUUUUUGUUUGCUAUACAGGAAUCUUCCAAAUGUUUCACAUGAUCUAAGGUGGUGCAGUCCUUUCUACCACCACAUUGUGUGGCAUAAGUAGACUGAUAUUUAACCAGCAAAUUAUUGCUGCAUGACAGGUUGAUUUGUUAAUAGCCACUAUAAAUGUUUCCAGUGGCCAUUUCCCCAUGUCAUGAAUUGGGCCGUGUUAUACCAUGUAAAGCUGGAAAAUAGAAUGAAUAAUUGGAGGAUGAUAAAAUUAACUUUUGGCAUCCUUCUGUACUCUGAAUAAUAUAGCUGGUUGGCUUCCUACUUG